AUGGUCUGCCAUCGUGGAAGACAUGGAUCUGAUAAAAUACCAGCGCAAAGGCGGCUGCUAGCUACUGGUUACAACGGCGCUGUAGUAGAUUCGAGGGCUCGCAACGACGUGCACGGUGCCGUUCAACAACAAGCUAAACGACAACUGGAAGUUUUUGAAUCGAACGUCCCCGGCGGACACCUCCAGGUCAUCAAAACUCAUACGGUGUCCAGCAGCCGGUGGACCAGCAACUCUUCUACAGGAUCUGGUGGAGCAGGUGAUGGUUGCCAACGAAAUACCACCAAUCCUGCUGCUGCUACGUCGGUCACGAACGGUCAAGAUUUAGGACCGGAUUUUGAGGAUCUGAAGUUGUCUCUUAAUCCACUCGACGUGACCUCACAAAAAUCAAAAGCAUCUGUAGGUCGCAGCGUUGGAAGACGGCCGCCUUCACGACCCCGGGUACGUGAGGAAGCAUUUUCCUCCUUCAACACGCACACCCAACAUACAACGACAUCAAAUAUUAACAACCCUCACGCAAUUGCAGCCGUUAACCUUCACCGGGUGUCUCGUCUUUGCCAUCAGAUCCACGAGCACGCUGUGAAACAAGCUUUUGGGGAACGUCGCCACUAUUUCAAAUCAACGAAAGCUGUGAUCAAUAAGAAAGAAAAAUUCGAAAAACCACCGAUACACGAACGUGAGAGUGGAGAUGGAGUCGAAAUAAUCGAAAUCGAAAGUCCCAAUACCUCCGACCUUGAAACUAACCAUUCUAAACUAACACGUACUAAAAGCUCUAGUAGCGAAGACCUCCAUUUAAUUUCUUACGAAAACGAUAAAAGUAAUAAAAGUGUAGAAGAUCUCGAGGACUUGGAACAACUCCAAAGCUGGCGCAGAACUUCCAAAAUACGUCGAUCUCUACAGUUCCCUAAGUCAAAUAAACCGGCGUCUAAUAAACCUCCCGAUCUUCCUGAAAAUACUGGAAGUGUUCGGAGGAUUCGUGAAGACCUAGAGACUGGGAGACGACUGAAUACUGCCCUCAGAGGAAAUAGCAUAAAUUUAGAAGCACUAGAUCAAAUUUUACAAUCGAUAUCCAGCUCUAGCAGUGUCCAGUCUGAUAGAAGCGAGAAACAAGAUACUCCCGAAAGUGAAUCACAAAUAGAGUCGAAGAAAGACAAAAGACACUCUUUUGUCACAGUGGAAUCGCUUCAAGAAGUUAAAGGUCGCUUAAGGCGUACUAGCUGUCAUACUGAUGAUAUUUAUAAAGAUACAGACUGCCGAAAUAGCAAUAUGAUGGUCAGAAAAGAAGAAGAGACUGAUGAUGGUAUUGGUGCAGAAGAGUAUGGAACCAAAGGAGUAGCUAAUAAUAAUAGUUCUUCUGGUACUAGUAGUGCCCGUGUUCGAUCCUAUGUCUACGGAUUAGAGACAAUGCUAAAUAAAAAACCGAUUUUAGGCACUGGAAGUCUAGAAUCGCGAACAUCUAAGCAAACUAAUGCAAAUUCCAUCAAUCGAAACGACGACUGGUAUAAUCGAAGAAAAUCCUACGGUUUCGAAAAAGUUCAUAACGAACCUGACACUAACAAAUCCGUGUCUUUAAAGAAUAAAAGUGUCAUAGAGUCAUCCACUGACAGUGGUAUUUGCAAAUCGAAUGAUACUAUGAACCUACCGCCAUUAAUAAAAAGUAACGGUUUCAAGUCAACCGACAGUUCACCAGAUGGUCACAGUAACACAAACGAAACACUAAUGGAAAAGAACAUAAAUUAUACAGAUUAUCCCCCCACUUCUUUAGGAAAUGUAAAAAGAUUCAGUUCAAUAUUUGAACAAAAUAAAGACACAUUUCAAAAAAGAAACGACGACAACACCAACUCUUGGAACAGAAACUUAAUUCAAAAGUACAGAAACGAUUUGGAAGGCACAACCGUAACUAUUCCAAUUAAAUCAGAAAAUUACAGGAGGCAAUUAUCGUCUGGAAGUGGAACGCCAUCAGUAACAGUUAAUUUCUCUUCGGAUAUUAAAAGACAUUCAAUAGCUGUCGAUGAGAUGAAAUACGUUAAUAACACGUUUAAAGUCAACGAAACAGCUGACGAAGUAACGGACGAGGAUAAUCCAAAUUUCAACCGAAAACAUAAAAAAGUAGAAUUUUGUAAAACGGAAGUGCACUUUGCUCCAGAUUCUGGAAAAAUAAAUAUAAUUGAGACCGACGAAAAGCCACCCCCAACUAAUACAUUCCGUAGGCGUCGUAGAAAUUCAGGGAGUUCUUACGUAGAAAUGAUCGAGGAGUGCAAUAAAAAAGGCGUACCCACAUUACAUUUUGGAGACAAUUAUGAAAAAGAUGUCAUACAUAACCACAUACAACCUCAUACUCCAACAGAAAAUACUGUCACCGUAACUACUAAUGGAAAUAUUCAAGAAUAUUUCGAAAUUAGCAACGAAGAAAAAGAAAAUUCCGAAAGCGAUUUACCAAAAGGUAUUUUGAAAAAUAAACCCAUUAAACCAAAGCCUUACAUACUUGGCGAUAUUGAUAAUUCUCUUCAAAACACUGCCUCUCCUAAUAGUGAAAUUUGGGGUGUUCGACUUAAACCGGUUAAAAAAGAGGAAGCCCCAAUGUGGAAAUCAACAGUCACGUUGAAAAACACGACGUUCGAUAAUAAUGCUCAACCAAAAGGGAAAACUAUGGUCACUAGAUCUCCUAAAAUCGAAAAUCGGAAUUAUAAUUCCUCAGAAUUCAAUGAAAAUGUGGAAAAAAUACGAAUCAUUUCUUCUGAGACGGAAGGAAACCAAAAAAUUGAAAGCAAAGGAUUUUCUACUAAAGUUAAUAUUGGAGGUAGUGAUUUGACUUUUGUUCAAAACGCCAUAGUUUACAAUGGUUUCAAUAACGAAACUCACCCAUCAUCAUGGCCCAAACCUGAAGAAAUCAAUGAAAAUAUAAAAAUGCAGACGUAUAAUAGAAGUCUAGUGGUGCGUAUUGGACAGAACGACAAAACUACCUCACAACAACUAUUUGACAAAGACUGUGAUAAUUCGAACAACAAAACGACUACAAAAAUUACUAUAGACCUUACACCUUCACCAACGACUGAAAAAUCUUAUGAUUCUCUCAAAAAACUGCCAACAACUAGUAUACAAGAGUUCAAGUCAACGUCCCUCAUACUUAACACUUUUAAGACUGAAAUUUGCAAUAGAAACGAUACUGUCCAAAGAAUAUCUGAUGUAAAAUCGAGCAUUCCACAACAACUUGAAGCACUGAAGAAACUUUACGAAGAAGCCUUGAGCGAUAGCGAAGCAGACAAAGAAGUUCAACUACUGAUGGAUCAAAAUGGUUACGAAUCCAAUAAAGAAACCGAUGGUGAAUGUAAUAGUAUCGUGUCAGGAAGUUGGAGUAAACUCAGGGCGUACAAAUUAAUGAAUCAGGAAAAGAAUAGAUCUCACUUAGCAAUAAAAUCAGAAAAUGCACUUGUAGGAAAAGAUUCCAGAUCUCAUAAUUCGAUUGGUAGAAUAGGAUAUAAUCAAAGUAACACUCGUUUGCCUUCGAACAAGGAAAACGAAUGUUCUGUUCCUCGUAACGUUCAAAAACAAGUUCCUCAACCAUCUAAUAAUUACGAAAAUAAGUCAUUCUCAAAUUCGAAACAAUCACGAACAUUAACAACUUCUCCUGACAGAAACAACUCAAAUAUGUCACCAACACUCAGAGGUAACGAAGAACAUCAUUACGAAACGUUAACAAAGUACAGAAAGUCCCGCUCUUCUAGUCAAGAAAGGAUUUAUGAAAACGACGUUCAUAAAAAUAAUACUCGUUCUCAAAAUAGAAUAGAUAGAAACGUAGCAGAUAAAAAUCGUGAUAAACUGAGCCGAUCUCCUUCUCCAAGUGCUCAUACUUCUGUUAAAACUCCUCCUCCAAUUGCGUGUGUAGUAAGAAAUCUAAGAAAAUCAGAUAUGAAAUACUUUGGUCUAAAAGAAUCUACACCUCCACCUAUACCAGACAAAUAUUUAAAGAAGAAAAGUAAUCAAGAAUUUUUCCAAACAAAUGUAAAUAGACGCUUAAUUCCAUCCGAAAACACUCACAAAAAUACGCAUGAGAAAUUGCAGCAGAAGAAAGAAUCUCCUCAAACACAUCGAGAAAAAUCAGAAACCACGUCAUCUUCGAAAUAUAAAAUUUCUUCGCGAACCAAAUCUCCUCAACGGCACGCCCAGAAAAUCUCUUCUUCCCAACGUAAAUCAGACAGCGGAAAACGCAGAUCCCCUCUUCGAAAAAAUUCGAGACCUGACUCUCCGAUAUAUGAGAACAUCGACGAAGUAUUGGAUAGUUCGAAAAACUAUACAACUGAUUUCGAUAGCAGCAUAUUGGAAGAACUUACCAAAGCCGCUGAUCAAAUAUUACAAGCUGUAAGUGAUUAUGCCGACGAAGAAUCUUUCAGUAAGCUUCUAUCCGAUGAAGAUGCUAAUAAUCGAGUAAAACCUGAAAAACUUGAAACCAUAUCCGAAUCAAAAUCGUGGCAACAACAUUCCAAAACUAAAGGAUCUCGUCAAAAAGAAAUGAAAACUGUUAAGCGCACAUCUUCGACUUCUUCGGUAGAAAGUACACAUGAAAUAAGAAGUGCAUCGAACACAAGCAAGAGGAUGACAGAUAGUGAUAGAUAUCGAAAAAAAUCGACUGAAUCGCCAGCUGUAAGAGCAGCGACAAAAGCCCGAAGAUUGCAAAGGGCCAGUAGCAGAGAAGCAUUACUGUUAUCACAUGGAAGCUCUUCUGAAGACUUACCGGUAAAGGACGAAACGCCUCUAAGAAAACCAAGAAUUGUACGGAAAACCAAAUGCACUCAGUUAAAAAUAACAAAUGGACCGGAUAUUCAGAAAAGAUCAACAACCUCGGUAAAGAACUAUGGAAACCGAAUAUGUGAAGAUAAAGCUCCGGUGGCAGCUUUACCCGAAAUAAGGCACAAAACUGCAAUUUCAACGAUUCGUAGUACCGCUGAGAAAAUGGCAAGCAGAGAAAAGGCAAACAAACUAAAAACUGAUGACCGAAAGAAAUUGUCAACAACCUCAUCAAAACGAGAUAGUAUUCCAGUUGUAGCGUGGCCUAAAUCAAAUAAGGCAAAAGAGAUUUCAUCUAGUCAUCGUAUUUCGACAGCGCAAUAUAAAUACGAAUUUAUCCUGUGAUUUGAAGGAAGAAGCUUCGGAGCUUUGUAGUGUUAAACAUCUUAGAAACUUUUUUGAUUCAAAAUUUACUACUAAAGAAUAAUU